AUGGAGGAGGGUUUUACACUUCCUCAGCUGGCGCAUGUGUGGGCCAUUGUGGUUCGCCAUUCCUGCUUGUUUCGAGACUACCACCGGCAGCUUGUCCCCCAGAUGUUUUACUCGCUACCUCGUAUUGGUCUGCCUUUGAACGCCUCCUACGAAAAUAGAAGGCUCGGCGUCGAUAUGGCAGAGCUACUUGUGGAAUGGGAACUUGAUUUCCAUGAGGACAUGCGCAGCAGAAAUUCAAAUGGAAGGCAAAGUCCGUCGUCGUCAACCAAUAAUACUGGGGAAUCAAGCGCUAAAGAACAUCAAAUAGACACUGAGAAAGACCCGCCGGAUCCCGAAGAGAGCGGUUCUGACUUUCGCAUAGAUCCGGGCAUGAUCUUUCUAAAUUUUUUGAUCCGUCUUGCGUGCCAGGUGAGCGAACCUUCCGAGCACGGAAGAGAACUGUCCCAGCGUUGUCUGACCUUGCUUGAGAAAACGGUGUCCAAUGGUCUUUGGAAGAACUCCCUCAUAAAGUUCUCCUUCUUUGAGAAAGUGGUUCUUCAAUCGAAUCCGGACAACAUUGGCAACUGUGCGAGUGUUAGUACUUCUCUCACCAUCUUGCAAAUAAUUUUAAAGAACGAGCCGGAAGACGUCGUGGUUCAACGGCUGUGUGAGCUGAAGCACGUGCUUCCAGCCUAUUUAGGGUUUAAAAACGACCUUUGCACCUCCCAAUUUAGGUUCCUGUUGAAGAUUGUAUUGUCCGUCUAUUCUGUCCACGGACACACCGUCUCGUCCCGCGGAAAUUCAGUUUUAGAACUGGACCAGUUUUAUGAAAAACUGGAAGCUUACCUCCACAAUAGACUGAACGCUGCAAUACGUUUUGCUUGGAAAAAUAGUGAAACAGAUGCUGGGAAUAGUUUGAGUCCAGAAAAUGAGGGCAAUAGUAAUAGCCAAUCUGUUAGUAAUAUUGAUGGUAAAACCGAUAGUAACCCAGAGUCUACCAGUAAUACCCCUACCACUGCCACUACUACGAAUACUAGUAGUUCUAAUAAUCCUAAUACUACCGCCACCACUAAUUCUACUGCGGUGGAUCAAAGCCCCUUUGGAACUUUUACUCGUCGUAAUAGUUUUAACGCUCCCUUCUUAUAUCUUUCGCACGCUCUCGUGUACCUCAAGGAGGUUUGGUCCUACUAUCCUAGCUACGUCGACCGCUUCCUCCCCUCCCUACUAAAAGUAUUGGACUUCCUCUUACACGAUCGCCUAAAUCCGAUGGCGCCAGUCGGCUCCAGUUCUCCCAAAGCGCGCCCUGUUUCCUUUCUAGAUAUUGAUGACUUGUUGACCGCUUUGAUCGACAUGCUCUCCUCCAGGAGUGGCAAACUUUCUCCCCCCGAAAAAGACGCUUUUCUAAAGACGUUGCGUUCCCUCCUCCAGCAGUCCAGCAGCCCCUCGUUGGUCUCACACGUGGUCAAUCAAGUCAGACGUUGGAUCACCACCACCAAGUUUACUUUGAAUGAGAACACUGAGUUGAUACUGGCAAUGCGCUCCUUUGCUGAUAACUUUCCCACCAUGUGCGAGACACACAGUGCGCUUAUCGAAUUAAUUAGAGAUAUCUACACGCAUCCGCAGUUAAGCCGAAGCGAGUACGCAUCAAGGCUGGAGCCUCUAUUUAUGCAGGCUUUGAAGUAUGAGGGAGGGGCUCUGCACUCCACGUUGUAUCGGGUUUACCAAAAAGGGAUUGGUGUUUCUGUGUUUCGUCGCCUCCAAUACCUUUUUGAGGUUCAAAAUUGGGCCUCUUCCGCCUCUUCUUUUUGGAUCAAACACUUUGUGGCGCUUAUUCUUUCUGUUCUCUCUGGGACACAAGAUUUGGUCGAGCUCCUAUCGAGCCGGAUCGAGCUUAAUCCCAUGGAUGGUGCCAAAGGGGCUACAUCGACGGUGCUAGGAGACUCAUAUAGCGGGACGCCCAGCGGAAUAGCUUCCAAUGUGCUCAAGGCGCACGCGGAAUGGCUGCACGAAAUGGCGAAUGAGAAAGCUGCAUGCCUUGUGAUACCCCUGAUGGAGCUUUGCCAGCUCUCCUGUGUUUUGUCAGGAAACCUGUUUGAGCAGUUGUUUCCGCCACUCUUUGGCAGUUUGGGAAACGAGCAACAGCAAAGUCUAGUGGGCUCUUUGACCUCAAUGUUUUGCCAAAAGUUUCUUGUCAAGUCCAACUCCUACGCUUUCAACCCCGCGCAUACGCUGCUUAAAGCCGUUUUAAAUACUCCGGGAAUCUGUCUUCCGUCGUCAUUGCUACGCUACUUGGCCAAGACCCACAACGCUUGGCAUCUUGUUGUUGAGGAACUUCGUGGGAGAUUUUUGCAGUGCAGAAGUGGGCCACCGCCUACACUGCCGAGUUUUCCGGAUGAUGUUAAGCUCCCUUCCCUCCCGGUUUUUGAGCUUUCUGAGAAAGUUUUGAGAGGGCACCUCCAUCAGAGCCGACUUCUUGUGAAAGACGACCCCCAGGAGCUUCUGCGAGUCAUUAGCGACUUGUAUAAGAGGCUCAACGAAUUUGAUUUGUGGCACGGCUUAUGGCUGUGCAACUCGGUUUAUCCGGAAACUGCACUUGCCCUCUCCCUUGAGCAAAAUGGCUUGUGGGACAGAGCUCAGGUUGUCUAUGAGAAGGCAAUGACGAAACACCGUCUGGACGAGUUUGUCAAAAAUGAAUUUGAGUUAUGGGAAGAGCGCUGGAUAUUCUGCUCUAAAAACUUAGACCAAUGGAACUUGCUUUUAAACUUGGGCCAGUCGGAGGGCCUUCCUGAGCUGAUUCUCGAAAGUGCGUGGAGGCUAAAUGAGUGGGAAAUCGAAAAGGAAACGCUUGAGAUCGUGGAAGCCGUUCAGGCAGAGAGCGCCAAACUCAAGCUCUUCCGUGCUUUCUUGAGCUUCCAUUGGGGGCAUUCCUCCGACGUGCAACCGCUGGUCUCUCGUGGUCUCCAGCUCGUUUUAAAUGAAUGGCGGGCUCUGCCGUAUAUCGUCUCCAGCUCUCAUGUCCCCUUGUUAGAGUUGUUCCAGCAGUACAUCGAAGUGCAGGAGUCUGCUCAGCUUUUGCAAACGGCGCAGUCCUAUGAUAGUGGAAACAGUUCGCGCAUUGAAAACGACUUGAAAGUUAUUUUGAACACGUGGAGAGACAGGCUUCCUGGCAAGUGGGACGACAUUACAGUGUGGAACGACAUUCUUACUUGGAGACACCACGUGUUUAUGAAGCUUGCUGAAACUUUUCAGAAUGUGCAAUUUCGCUCGGAAAUUAGUCCACCUUUACUCUUCUGUGGGUACCACGAAAUUGCUUGGUCCAUCAACCGGUUUGCACGUGUCGCCAGGAAACAUCACUUACUAGACAUAUGCUUGAGUGCUCUUAGCAAAAUCUACACGCUGCCAAACAUUGAAAUAGACGAAGCUUUUAAAAAGUUGGUUGAGCACUCGAAGUGCUAUCUCCAGUUAUCAAGAGACUACCUCUCCGGCUUGGGGAUCAUACAGUCGACCAACUUGAAUUAUUUUGGUAGUAAACAAAAGUCGGUGCUCUUUACACUGAAGGGGCGCUUCCUCCACCGUUUAAACAGUCUAGAGGAUGCUAAUGCGGCCUUCUCCACGGCCGUCCAGCUUAACGAUACCUCCGAGAAAAGCUGGUUCGCUUGGGGAGACUUCUGUUACCAGCUUUUCUUGAGCAACCGGCAAACACUCUGGGGAAUAAGUGCAAUGAAUUGCUUAUUAUAUGCUGCACGUGCCAAGAAAUCCAAGAUUGCCAUACCGAGGGCUCUCUGGCUGCUCAGCUAUAACAACAACCAAGACGAGUCAACAACCGAAAUAGUGAACCGCCCUAAAAGCCUCGCGCAGGCUUUCGAAAAGUACUGCCAGGGCAUCCCUUCUUACUGCUGGCUGCCUUGGAUCCCACAGUUGAUAAUCUAUCUACUACGACCGGAAGCCAUGAGUGUCCUGCCCGCCAUUAAAGCACUUAUCCACCACCACCCGCAAGCUCUCUAUUACCCUCUGCGAACACUUUUUUUGGAGGUCCUCUCCAGUCUGCAAAGGUUACCAGCCGCGUGCUCGGAGCCCUCCACGCCACAGUCGAUCCAGGACUCGCAGUCGGGCACUUCAAAACCUGUCAAGACUUCUUCUCCGUCCCCACGUGUCCAACAGCUUACUGCUUCUUUGACCCUCCUUAAGCAAAUGACGGAUGCCGUCAGAGCCGCCCACCCCGCUCUAAUAAGCGGACUGGAAAAGAUUAUAGAAGAGUUCAAUACCAAGUUUCGCUCUACUCCACUGGAAGAUCUUUUGCGCACGACACAAGUAUUAUUAACGGAGUGCCUUCAGCGAGCAUUUUCUGCUGUUUUUAAUGAACAUUCCUCGGGAACUGAAACAGUUUCACUGAAUGUCCACAAGAACUUGCGCCGCGUCAGGGAUACGCUGUUUAUCCCUGAACAUGUGGACGUUUAUUCCUAUAGGGAACAGUUUGAAAAAGACUUUGGGUCGCCUCCAGAAGGCGGUCUUCCACUCGCUUAUGCCAUUGAAAAGCUCCGCUUCUGGCAUCAAAUUUUGUCCCAGAAAGUGAAAAGUCUUCCCUCCUUUCAGAAUCUGGACAAAUUUUCUCGUUAUCUUGCAGAGUAUUCCAGUAGCGAAGUGGAAGUGUUUGGAUCGCAUUUCCACGGCGUUCAUAUAUCCGACUCGCAAGUCAAAAUUGAUCGUUUUGAGCCGCUUGUUCAUCUCGUUCAUAAGCACAGCGCAUCUUCAAGAAGAAUAACAGUGCGUGGAGAAGACGGCGCGUACUAUCACUUUUUAACUCAGCCCUCGCCGCAAAGCCACGCUAGAGCUGAAGAAAGAAUCGUCCAACUAUUGCGCUUGCUGAAUGUCUCCCUCAGCGAACGUAAAGAAAUGAGGAAAAGAAACAUUCAGUUCUACACGCCAAGUAUGAUCCCCCUUUCUUUGAGCUUCCGAUUGGUCCAGGACAACGAUUCCUUUAUCUCCCUUGAGGAUGUCUUGGCCGAGUUUUGCGAGACGAUGAACAAAGAUGUGGAUUACCCAGUAAUGCUCUGCUACAGAGAACUGUGCUCCUUGGAAAAGGGACAGGAGCAGUUUAGCCCGCGGGAAUUUAAUCUGACCAUGUUUUACAAGAUUAGCCCUUCUGUAGUUCCCAAUGAUUUGAUUACUAAAUUUAUAUACAAGACCCACACCAACGAGGUGGACGCCUGGAUGUUUCGAAAGUACUUUACCUGCCAGAUGGCUAUCAUCAGCUUUAUCAACUAUACUAUGCACAUGGCCAACCGCCUGCCCUACACCAUCCACUUUUCUCUUAAUAACGCUAAAGUCUAUUCUUCGGAUCUCUACACAAGCGUUCCCACCCCAGUGCUCCACUGCGAAGGCAUCAUGGAAGUUUCCACGCCUGUGCCAUUCAGACUCACACCAAACUUACAGAACUUCAUAACGGAGGAGGGGCUCCACGGGCCGUUCACUGGAGUUUUUGCGGCCCUUGCCAGUUGUUUGAGCAAUCCCGAAUUUAAAUUCGUAGAUUACCUUAAUAUUCUGUUUCGAGAUGAAGUGCUAAAUUGGUACCAUUCUCAAGUGAAUUCUUCAGUUUUACCCAAUAAUGAAACAUUGAUUGCCAACGUGAACUCCAACGUGAACCCUCUUAUAGAUCGCAUACGAACGUUGAUCCCUGAAAACAUGAAUACGGUCAAACUUUUCGAGUUAAGCACUUCUGCAAAUUACAGAAUCACUGAACUCAUUGAGAGAGCAGUGAAUCCAGAGAAGUUGAGUCAGAUAGACCCCACGUGGCAUCCUUGGCUUUGAAGAUUAUCAGUCUGUGUUAGUGAUUAGACCCCUCCUGCGCGUAGCUCGUAGAGGUAAAAUAAACAAGCGACACGAAGCCAUUGUACAG